ACUUCCUCCCACCAAACUUCUUCCCGUAACUCCAACUCAAUUCCCCUACUUAUACCCAAGAAAUCAUCCUCUCUUCACCGAUAUAAAUCAAUUCCUCAAGUCUAAUUCAUUACACAUUCAACCUGAUUCGGUAGCCUUCAAUCCCGGAAAAAUGUCGACCGAGAAGUCCCGAGUGGCCAAGGAUGUGAGGGCCGGAGCAGAGGUCGUGUAUGGCCCUGAGGAGUGCUACCAGCACUCGGUGGAGCUUCUCGAGGAGCUAGGGUUCCCGAGGGGAGUCCUCCCCCUCCGGGACCUCGUGGAGUGCGGCCGGGUGAGGGAGACUGGCUUCGUGUGGAUGAAGCAGAAGGCUCCCUACGAGCACUUCUUCGUGAAGACGAACACAAGGGUCAGCUACGCGACCGAGGUCACGGCGUACGUGGAGAAGUUCAAGAUGAAGAAGAUGACGGGAAUCAAGAGCAGGCAGAUGUUCAUGUGGGUCCCGAUCUCGGAGAUGAGCAUGGAUGACCCCUCGAGCGGGAAAAUCGUUUUCAGGACCCCGAUGGGUAUUGGGAAGUCAUUCCCGAUCUCGGCAUUCGUGGACGAGGAGGAUGAGAAGAAGAAGCCAACGAGUUCGGAGAAUGGAAACCAAUUGAAAGCUUGAUCUUCAACCAACUACUGCUCAGAGAGAAAAUUGAUAAGUUGAGUUUCAUUUAAGUUUCUUCCGCUUGUCUUGUCCAGUCCGAUCAAUAAUUUGAAAUACUUUCACCAGUGGAAUGAUAGAGAGAGAGAGUUUAUGAUUUGAAUUUAUUGCCUCUAUCAUUUACUAACUACGAUAAUUUCAGUUGUUCUUCUUUUUCUUUUGAUAAAAUUCUACUAGAGAUUGGAUCAUGUGUCGAUUUAUGCUAAUAAACUCUGUAACAUGUUUGAGCCA